UUUAUGCAAGCUGUUGGAGCCAGUGUGUAUAUAUUACAAUGAUCAACAUAAGCACACAGACGGUCGGUAUUUAAUUUAACAAGCUUCCGAAUCAGCAUGAAAAAGGGACGAAACACGAAAAAAGCAGGAACUGGGAGUAAAAACAAGGAAAAGCAAAAGACAGAAGAAUCAAAUUCACAGUGGACAUUUGGUAGAAUUGUGACGUGGACAACCGUAUUUAGUUUAAUAGCAGCCGCCGUCUGUGCAAAUCGGUAUAAUGUUACCUUUAAAGCUGAUCUAGAUUUGAACCGUAAAGAGGGUUUACCACAGUCUGUGUUUCGUUUAGAAGGUAUGAGGGAAAUUUAUGAGUUAAGCCUUGUGAAAAAUGCCGAGGAAGAAGAGAAAUACAAUGCCGGCUAUAAACAACAUAUCUUUAAUCAGUAUGUCAGCGAUAAAAUAGAUCCUAAUAGAUUCAUACCGGAUGCUAGAUAUCCCGCAUGCAUAUCCCGUAACUAUGGUGAUAAGCUGCCAACUGUUAGUGUGGUUAUAUGUUUUAUAAACGAAGCCUUUUCAGCUUUAAUAAGAACGGUUCAUUCUAUUGUAAAUAAAACACCUUCCCAUUUAUUGGCUGAAAUUAUUCUUAUAGAUGACAACAGUCAGCUGGGUGAUUUGAAGCAAACCCUAGAUGAUUAUAUUAAAGAGCAUUUUCACAAUGUUAUUCUUUUACGAAACGGAGAACGAAAGGGGAUGAUUUCGUCAAGAAUUCGAGGAUCGAGAGCAGCAAAAGGGGAGGUUUUGAUGUUUUUAGACAGUCACUGUGAAGUAAAUAUAGGAUGGAUAGAGCCACUAUUAUCUAGGAUAAUGGAGAAUAGACGGAUUGUACCCUCACCAAUAAUAGACGUUGUUAAUACGGACACUAUGUUAUAUGAACCAGUACAGUUGCUGGGCGUUGGCUUCAAUUGGAAACUCUUGUUCCGGUGGGAUCCACUACCAGAAGAAAUUGAAAACAAUGAGACAGCUAGGUCAUAUCCUAUGAGGGCCCCUGCUAUGGCUGGAGGGUUGUUUGCUAUCGACAGAAAAUAUUUUCAGGAACUAGGGGAAUAUGAUCCUGAUUUACAAAUCUGGGGAGCUGAAAACAUGGAACUUUCUUUUAAAGUAUGGCAGUGUGGAGGACAACUUGAGGUCGUGCCAUGUUCACGAGUUGGUCAUAUCUUCCGGAAGUCCCGACCUAAUGGUGGUAAUUCAAAUGACCAUUUACACCGUAACACAGCCCGUGUGGCCAAUGUCUGGAUGGAUGAUUAUAAGAAAUAUUUUUAUCAGUUCAACCCUCAAGCACUGUCUAUGGAUAUUGGAAACAUAUCAGAUCGUGUAGCUUUACGGCAAAGAUUAGGAUGUAAAAGUUUUAAAUGGUAUUUAGAUAAUAUUUAUCCUGAACAGAUACUGCCAUCAGAUCCCUUGUUCGAAGAGAAAGAGGCUGAUAGAGAAUCAAGAAGAAGGCAGGCUGUUAUUCGAAAUAAAGUAUCCAAAGCCGUUAGAAGUGGCCAGAUUUUUCACCGAGAUUCUGGCUUGUGUCUGCAUUAUUAUCCUACGAAUAAUAAACGAACUAUCACCAUGAAAAAGUGCUCAAAAGAUAAUCCAGAUGCUGUUUGGACAGAAACUAACAGAAAUGAAUUCCGUCUAGGUACUGGUAACUUUUGUCUUGAUUCCGGAAGUCCCGAUGGUAGAAUAAUGAUGUCACAAUGUGCGUACGAUGCUUCUCAAAUAUUUAUCUGGAGAAAACAGAAUUCUACAUUACAAUUGUUUAACCCAGGGAUUGGUAAAUGUCUACAACCUUUAUCUCACAAAGAAAAUUCCUACAUUGAAUUAGUUUACUGUAACAAUCAUAGCAAUAUGAAUUUUACGCUACUUUAAAUAAGAAUUUAAAUUUUGUUGAUCGUUACCGAUCGAUAAAAAAAUAUUUUUUGGUUGGAAAGAGAAGUCUCCAAGUUGCAGAUUCUUUGUAAUAUAUUUAUAUUAAGUAGUUUCCACAAUGCAGAGCCCCGCGUACAGCUGAUUGCGCUGGUUGUGACGUCUUCGGGAUAACUUGUCAGCCCGUGUUUAUAAACAUUAAGGAUGUCCGUGGGUAGAAAUCUACUACAGUUUCGGGUAAUAGCUCGCGCGUUGCUUUGUUUAUAAUUUAUGACAGUAACCAUCAUUACCUCAUAACCGGCAUACUAAAUUGUUGAAGACUAAACGAUUUGUACUUGAAUUUAAGCCAAUGUGAUUAAAACACAGAUCCUAUUUCGUUUCGUUUUUUAUAGUUCAAAAUUUCAUUUUACAUGUUUUAUUACCGGUGUUUUGAUUGAAGUGAGGGAUAAGCGAACGAAACGGUCUGUUACGGCGACUUCUUGGCGUGCCAUGCACGGAACUUUGGCUAAAGCACGAGAAACGUCAACGUUGAUUGAUUAAUCAAUGUCUGACGUCAUAGGGUCAAAAGUCGCUCAUACGAUCCCUGACACGACCUUCGAGUACAACUUGUCAGAUCUUCAUGUAGUGUAGGCUAUCGAAAGUAUAAAAAAACGAAACGAAAUAUAGAUCUGUAUUUUAAUCAGAUUGAAUUUAAGCACACUAGAAUCUAUUCUAAUACAAGAUAAUCGAUACAAUAUAUAAACAAUCUCCCACCUACCAAUCUAUGGAAUUUAUAUACAUUUUAUAGCCAUAUCCACCGUACCAUUUCGAACAACAUAUACAAUAGUCGUAUCCAACGUAUCAUUUCGAACAACAUAUUUUAUAGCCGUAUCCACAGGGUUGAUUCAUUUCGAACAGCAUAUUUUAUAGUCGUAUCCACAGGGUUAAUUCAUUUCGAACAACAUAUUUUAUAGCCGUAUCCACAGGGUUAAUUCAUUUCGAACAACAUAUUUUAUAAAAUUGAUUACAUUUUUCUUUUCGUUGAAUUAUGACAAAUACGUAGUACAUGCACAUCUGAAAACUCCGACUCGUUAUCCACUGUCUCUUCCAUAUCUUGACACAGUCACACAGGGCUAAGUCUAUGCUUACUCGUUUUAGAAUACCAGUAUGAUUAAAGUUUACUUUUGAAUUUAUUGUGUUUGAAGUUUUGAAAAGUAAUCUCGAUUGUUAAGUACCAUUUCUACGAUACCAAACAAAGUUUCGAGUAUCCAUCUUAAAUGGCGCGGGUUGUCUAAUCCGUUCAAUAUCCAAGCCAUUCGAUGGUCAAGAGAGUUGAUUAUGGGCAUGUUAUGUGAACAAAUGCCUAAAUAAUAAUUUAUAUAGCCAGAAAAAAGACCUGCAAUAGGCAGAUUUAGCUCUUGCAUAAUGCAUCUUUAACUUCAUAAUGAUAAUAAAAGAUAAUAAAAUAAA